UUGCUUCCCCACCACCACGCCCAAAACCAAAAAAAAAAAAACCCUCUCUCCCCUUCUCGCAAAAUCUACUUUCUCGCGUAUUUCGACCGCCUCAAUACUCUCUCCAAACCAAACCAAACCAAACAAAACCUCUCCUCAUACUCAUAAUUCUCCCAAUGCAAAACCCCUCUCCCAUAAUCUUAUUCUCCUAUGAUCUAAUUUUCCCGUCGCCGGAACCCUAACCGGCUCUUAGCCGCCGGCUCAAUCUCCGGCGAGGUUUAUUCGAGCAUUUAUUUUCGCCAAUUCCUCUUCUAUUCGAUUUGAUUCUCCUUUUAUAGGUGUUUCGAUUCUUUAUCUCGCAUUGUUAGGGUUUUAUUUUGUUUUGAUUGCUGUACGAUUAGUAUAUAGCGACGCCUAUGGCUCCGGGGCGUAAAAGAGGAGCGAACAAGGCGAAGGCGAAGAGCCAGUUGAAGCUCGGCGAUCUCGUUCUUGCUAAAGUUAAAGGAUUCCCUGCUUGGCCUGCUAAGGUCAGCAGUCCUGAAGAUUGGGAAAAAGCCCCUGACCCUAAGAAAUACUUUGUUCAGUUUUUUGGAACUGAAGAAAUAGCUUUUGUUGCUCCUGUUGAUAUACAGGUAUUUACAAGUGAAUUAAUGAAAAAAUUGUCAGCUCGAUGUGAAGGUAAGACCAAGCGUUUUGCACGAGCUGUUGAGGAAAUAUCUACAGCAUUUCAAGAGUUGCACAAGAAUAAAUCAAGUGGUGCAAAUGGUUGUGAGGCUCCAUCGGUUGAUGGCAUAGAUGAAGAUGAAAUAGAGGUUGAAGUAAAUGAUGAUGCGGGUCCAGAAGGACCAAAGGGUAAAACAUGUGAUGAAGAAGGUAAUUUGAGUUCUAAGUUAAAGCAUUGUUCACAUAAGAAAAGUCAAGUAGACUAUGAAGAUAUUAAGGCUACCUUAUCUUCUGAUGCUAAUAAUGAUAAUACAUCCCCAGCUAUGUCUGCUGACAAGAAAAUUAAAAUUUCAAGUGUUGAACAUCCUGUGGUAUCAUCUACAACCUGUUUGGCUGAUUCUUAUGUAAAGGAUGAAAUCUCUGGGGGUGUAGCUGAAGAUAUUAAUUGCAGAAAUAACCUUGGGAAUAGUGAGAAAGCAUUGAUAAAUGGUCAAAGGUCUAAGACUGUGACCACUGAAGUAAGGAGGAAACCUGAAGGCUCUGGUGGCUAUUUUCUGUCUAAAAAUUGCAAGACGUUGAAAGAUGAAGGAAAAAAUGCUUCCGGUGGUAAUGCGACUGAUUCCGGAUUCAGAAUUGGAAAACAAGCAAAAGAUACUGUAGAAGCCAAAAAAGGUCUUAGGUCCCCGGGCAAUCUGCAAGAAGAUGUGUCUGACCAUGCAGUUGAGAUUUUUGACAAGAAAAAGAGGGACCAGUCUUUGGUUACUAUAACUGAAACUUCACAUCCUGCUAAAAAAUUGAAACAUGUAGGUAUAGGGGGUGAUGCUUCUGAGGAUUCUCCGAGCUCCAAAAUUAUUGAUGACAAAGCUUUCAAACAGUCUACUUCACAUGGGAAAAGAGAAAUUCUUUUGGCAUUAGAAGCUCAAACAGGAAAAGAGAAAUCUGAUGGUUCUGCUCAGUUGGAAAAACGUAAAUUUAACCUCCCUUCCCCAACAAGGAAACGUAAUUCUGAUGUUUCUACCCAAAUAGGUAAAGCUAAACCUGGGGAUUUUACACCGGUAAUGAAGGUUAAAUCCGAUGCAUCUGUCCAAACAAAUAAAGUUAAUUUUGAUGCUUCUGUGGAAGUAGGUAUUUCUAAAUCUGAUGUUACUGCUCAAUCAGGAAGACUUAAGUCCAAUGUUUCUAGUGAUGAAGCAGUGCUUCCAGUGUCGAAACGCCGUAGGCGUGCCUUGGAGGCUAUGUCCGACUCUGCUACCCUUAAUACUGAUGAUAAAACUGAUAAAGGUUCUGUACAGUUGAAGAAUGACUCUGCUCCUAAUAAUACUAAGGUCGCAAUGAAUCAACUUCCCAAAAGAAGGAGAGCUGUUUGCCUUUAUGAUGACGACGAUGAAGAUGAGGAGCCCAAAACACCAGUUCAUGGACGAUCUACCAAACCUGUUAUGGCAUCUGCAACUGCUUCCAAUAUCAGUGAAUCUCACACCCUAAGUUCUGUUAAUGAACAUCGUCGAAGCUCUAUUGACAUUAAUCCAAGUAUUGAGAAAUCUACCAGAUUUGAGCAUAUUAGUUUGAAGGAUUCAUCUUCACAAUUCAAUGACACCUCUCCUAGCCGAUUGAAAAUUGAUAAGAAGCCUGAAAAUCUUUCGUCUAUUAAAUCUUUGAAAUCAGAAGCUGAGCAGUUACCAUCCAAGGAUGCUAAAUCAACACUGACUUCACCAAAGAGCUCUCCUCAUUCAUUUCCUGUCACCAAAUUAUCUGCUGAACAGCACAAAGGCGCAAAAAAUUUAGUUAAAGCUUCUAUAGGAAGUAGUCAGAAGAGGGCCCAGUUAAGCUCUAGUAAGGUUUCAAGUCUGGGGUUUGAUAAUGCCGAUGCUACUCAAAAUUCUGUGGCAAGUCAAAGAAAUAGACCAGGUAUUUCUGGAGAAAGAAUCAAAACUACUUCAAAAGUGCGGAUGAAUGACCCUGCUGUUUUAGCAGAAGCUUUGACAGAACUGGAAGUUGGUGCAGAAGAAAGGGGCAGUUUGUUGGGUGAAUCCAAGACUCCAGAUUCAGUUAUGUCCAUGAAGCAUCUUAUUGCAGCUGCUCAAGCAAAGAGGAGAGAAGCUCAUACACAACCUUUUUCUUUUGGGAAUCUUAGUUCUUUCUUAUCUAUUACUGAUCCUCAGAGAACUAGUCUCAGCCCUGAAUCAGUCCAGCCUUUUUUAUCUGGCACCAGCUCCAUGUCACAUGGUGAUUUACAGGGUUUCCAUCAUAGCACAAAUUUAGUUUCUCCAUCUGCUCAAUGUCGUCAAUUAGGCAGUCAGGUGGAUGCUGAAGAAAUUGAGGAACGAAGAGUUAGUUCUGGGCAUAUGGCUGCUGGAGGGUCACUGAGCGGUGGCACUGAAGCUGCUGUUGCUCGGGAUGCUUUUGAAGGGAUGAUUGAGACUUUAUCAAGGACGAAAGAAAGCAUUGGACGUGCAACUCGCCUAGCCAUCGACUGUGCCAAAUACGGCAUUGCCAGUGAGGUUGUGGAACUUCUGAUCCGAAAAUUGGAAAGUGAGCCCAGUUUCCAUCGUAAAGUAGACCUUUUCUUUCUUGUUGAUUCGAUUACCCAGUGCUCACAUAAUCAAAAAGGGAUUGCUGGGGCUUCAUAUGUUCCGACAGUUCAGGCUGCAUUGCCACGUCUUCUGGGUGCUGCUGCUCCUCCAGGCUCUGGCGCUCGCGAAAACCGUCGUCAGUGUCUCAAGGUUUUACGUUUAUGGCUUGAGAGAAAAAUUUUACCUGAACCUGUUUUGAAGCGGUACAUGGAUGACAUUGGAGUCCCAAAUGAAGAUUCGUCUGCUGGGUUUUCCCUUAGACGUCCAUCUAGAGCUGAACGAGCUGUGGAUGAUCCUAUCAGAGAAAUGGAAGGCAUGCUUGUUGACGAGUAUGGAAGUAAUGCUACAUUCCAGUUGCCUGGAUUUAUAUAUUCCAAUGUAUUUCAAGAUGAAGACGAGGAAGAUGAUCUUCCUUUCAGUUCAUUGAAGGAAGAUGCUGAUGUUUCCUCACCAGCUGAACCAAUCUGCUUAUUAGGAGAGUCAGAGAGAUCUAGUAUUACAGCUAAUGAUCGGCGUCAUUGUAUCUUAGAGGAUGUCGAUGGUGAGCUUGAGAUGGAAGACGUGUCUGGACACCAGAAGGAUGAAAGACAUUUGGUAACUGUUUGUUCAUUUGAAGUUGAUGGCCAACAGAAUUCCUCUGAUAGAGUAAAGGAGCCUGUAGUCACCGAUUCUGUUGAGCUGCCUCCUCUGCCAGAGGGCUCUCCUCCACUGCCUCCUGAUUCUCCUCCUCCACCUCCACCUUUACCUCCCUCACCCCCACCUCCGCUCCCAACAUCUCCAUCACUACCGCCGCCGCCUCCACCUCUUCCAUCACAGCCACCUCCUCCUUCUCAUGUACCUCCUUCAGGCCCUCAGCAGUCAUUGAUUCCUCAAGUACCCUUGCCAAAUCAACCUUCCUUGGUGACUCAACAAAUUAUACCAUCUGCUUCUUCUGUACAGUCCUCAUCACAUGUGGCUUAUCGACCAACUGUGCCUAACGAGUAUUGCAGUGCACCAAGUGGUAACCAACUGGCUCAAAUUUCUGGUAAUACUCGUCUAAACCAUGCUGAUGCUGUUGCAAAAAGUGAAUUGUUUCCUCAACAGUUGCCUUGCUUCACACCUGCAGUAGUCACUCGAGAACCUUCAGGAUACAAUCCUCCAAGGCCAUUGGAGUAUGGACAUAAUGACCUCUAUUUGAAGCACCAAGCUUCGCAACAAAACCCACAUUUUCAACCGGCUAUUGCACCUUAUGCGCAAAGACCUGCACAUUCAAGCCUGCCACAAACUGUGCCUGGUCAUUUUUCUUUUCCAAAUCCUCAAAUACAGCAGCAUCCUCAGCAUUCAUAUCCUCGUCCAUACUCAUUGCCUUCCCAUCCUGAUGGACGAAGGCGAUUUAUUGGUGAUGAACAAUAUAUGAUGCCCGCAAGUGAAUUUAACCCAGACAAUCAGCACGGCACAUGGAUGAAUGGAAGACCUCCUUCACAUUCUGGUCCAGCUUUCAGUCAGGAAGGUUACUUCCGGCCACCCUUUGAAAGACCGCCUGCUAAUAAUAUUGGUUUCCAGCUCUCUAAUUCUAACAAUUUACCUGCUUUAGCUCCAAUUCCAGGUCAUGGUGUUUCACAUGUGUUGCCAUGUAGACCGGACAUGUCUGCUGUUAAUUGCUGGAGACCGGUUUGAGAUCUAGUCUAAAGCUUUUAUGAUGUUGUGAGCGGGGAAAACAAUUUGUGAACAUCACAUUUUAGUAUAACUCAAAAAGAAAGGUUCCACUUCUGAACAAGAUUCACCUGGCGUGUGAAAGCAGCUAAUAGACCUUGUGGAGGCUACUGGAAGGACUGUAUAUUGUAAAAUUCUCUGACAAAUAUAUGCGGGAACAUUUUCGUCACAAUGUAGGCUCAUGUUUCUCACUUGGUCUGGGCAGGACUAUACAAAAAUUGCUGGGUCAUUCGUGGUGUUAAUUGUGGUAAAAGUGAAGAAUAAGAUAUUAUCUGGCGUACAAUUCGUCUCCAAAAUGUUGAGGUAAAUUUUAGCUAUGGAUUCACAAGCCAAAAGAUGCUCAUAGUUUUGUAUUUAGUGUAUAGAUAUUAGCUUAUCUGCAAGAAUUUUUAAAAGAAAGUGGUUAGUUUUACAACUCCAAUUUUUUUUUUCAAGUUAUGCCAACUAAUUAACAAAGCAAGUUUCUUUGUGAAUAUUUUAAAUUACAUUUAUUACAUUCUAUAUUAUAUUUCACUCAA